GGGACACCUCCCCAUUGUCCCUCCCUCUCUCCUCCCCUCCCUCCUCCCCUCCCUCUCUCCUCCCCACCGCUCCUGUCUCUGUCACUCACGGGGGCCGGGCAGGCUGGGGCAGCCAUGGCAGCAGCAGUAAUCUGGAUUCUUCUCCUUGUGGGUCUCUUGGCAGGGCUGGGGGACACGGAGGCCCAGCAGACCACCUUGCAGCCUCUUGUGGGCCGCGUCUUUGUGCACACCUUGGACCAGGAAACCUUCCCCAGUCUUUCUGAGCACGUUGAUGUCCCACCCACCGUCCCUAUCACCUACCACGCCCACCUCCAGGGACACCCAGACCUGCCUCGGUGGCUCCGUUACACCCAGCGCAGCCCCCACCACCCUGGCUUCCUCUACGGCACCCCCACCCCAGAAGAUCGUGGGCGCCAGGUCAUCGAGGUCAUAGCGUACAAUCGGGACAGCUUUGACACCACCUGGCAGAGGCUGGUGCUGUUGAUUGGAGACCCAGAAGGCCCCCUGCUGCCUUACCAGGCUGAGUUCCUGGUUCGAAGCCACGAUGUGGAGGAAGUGCUGCCCUCGACGCCUGCCAGUCGCUUUCUCACAGCCUUGGGAGGGCUCUGGGAGUCAGGGGAGCUCCAGCUACUCAACGUUACCUCUGCCUUGGACCGUGGGGGUCGCGUCCCCCUUCCCAUUGAGGGUCGUAAGGAAGGGGUUUACAUCAAGGUGGGCUCGGCCUCACCCUUCUCCACCUGCCUGAAGAUGGUGGCAUCUCCCGACAGCCAUGCUCGUUGCGCCCAGGGCCAGCCUCCGCUUCUGUCCUGCUACGACACCUUGGCACCUCACUUUCGUGUGGACUGGUGCAAUGUGUCCUUGGUGGAUAAGUCAGUGCCAGAGCCUGCAGAUGACGUGCCCACCCCAGGCGAUGGGAUUCUGGAACAUGACCCGUUCUUCUGCCCACCCACUGAGGCCACGGCCCGAGACUUCCUCACUGACGCGCUGGUCACCCUCCUGGUGCCACUGUUGGUGGCUUUGCUACUCACCCUGCUGCUGGCCUACAUCAUGUGCUGCCGGCGGGAGGGACGGCUGAAGAGAGACCUGGCCACCUCUGACAUCCAGAUGGUCCACCACUGCACGAUCCGCGGGAACACGGAGGAACUACGACAGAUGGCAUCCAGCCGUGAGGUGCCCCGGCCGCUUUCCACGCUGCCCAUGUUCAACGUGCGCACGGGCGAGCGGCUGCCCCCCCGGGUGGACAGCGCCCAGGUGCCCCUCAUCCUGGACCAGCACUGAGGGCACAGCCAGGUCCAGAGCCUCAUCCUCCUUUCUCCCCCCAUGCACAGAGCAGCCGACUCACAGCCACAUACUUCCUCCUGAUUCUGGCUCCCGGCCUCAUGGCCCCCAGGCUUGGAACAAGCAGAGAGACGGCAGUGGGGGAGGUGAGGGUGUCUGGGAUCAGGACCCCCAGAAUAAAUAGCUGCCGCUCUGCUCA